AUGGGGCCCAAACUGCCAUCCAUAAAUAACACGCACCAAGUGUUGGUGAAUCCUCAAGGUAAACAAGUUACACUAGGGCUUGGUAAGGCUGUUGAAGUUUUGGACACUCUUGGAAGUAGCAUGACCAGUUUGAACAAAAGCGGUGGCUUUGGUUUGGCGUUGACAACUAAAGGCAGUGAACUUCAAAUUUUAGCGUUUGAGGUUGCCAACACAAUUAUGAAAGUUCCUUUCAAAAUGGAAUAUACGGCAAUUGAAGGAAGUGAUCCUCCUUCAGAAGGCGUGCAACGUUUAGUGUCUGAAGACAUAAAUGAACUCCUAACUAUUGUUGCCAAAGAUAAGAGGUUGGUACAACUUAAUGGAAAAUAUUUAUGA